AUGGCGCACAAUAUUUCACAGCAACAAAUUCCAGCGCACAACACUGCACAGCUACCAAUCACUCAAGCUUUUAUUUGGCUUGAGAAAGGUGGCGAUAUUUUCUUAAAUCAAAAUUUGAUCGAAACUAUACGCAAGAUUAUGUCGGUUAAUCAGAAUCUAGUCAUUCCCCAUAUUAUCAAAAAUAUUUAUCCAAGGAUUCCACUAACACUUACGACAAUUCAGAGUCAAGGCCAAAAUGUACAGUUAGUCAGUCAUGAGACAACGAUAAGGGCGAUCUUGCAAGAUGUAUAUGAUCUUGUAAAAUCUGCGAACGUAUUUUACGAGAUGAGUCAAUCAAGGGUCAAAGAAUAUUGUGAUUUUAUAAAAGCAAACCCUUUAUUAUUUAAAUAUCUGCGGGGUGAUGUAGUGCGAAAUUUGGAGUAUUAUUUGCCAAUAAUAUUAUAUACAUGGGAUCUUUCAUCAUUAGGAAUUAAUUAUAAAGAUUUUAUUCGGGCAUUAGUGCUUUUAGAAAAUGGCCACAUUUUAAUAAAGUGUAUGACAACUAAUAACCCACAGAUGUUUGAAGAGAUUGCAGCAACACUAAUAGAUAUCCAUAAUCAUUUACCUUAUGAUUAUAAAAUUUAUCUCAGGAAUAUGUUGUAUACUAUGUGUGCAUUAGCUCCACACCAUACUUUUUUUAUUCGAAUGAAGCUGACCGAUUUAAAAAUCUUGCCUGAAUUUGCAUUAGAACUGACACUAACUUCUUGUAUGGACGUGCCUUUAUAUUUAGCUGGAAUAUUAGCACGUGAUGCAGAAUGGUUGAGAUUCAACCAAAUUAAGACCGAUACUAUUGCCACUUUGCAAAAUAGGCUUAUGAUGACUUUGAAAAAAGAACUGGCAGAGCCAGUGCUACCGUUGACAACUCGUCGAAAUAGGCUCUGCGUCCUUCUUCGUAUUAUAUGCGGGUUAAGCUAUUAUUUUCAAUCUUAUCUGAACCAAAAUGACCUAGAAGCUUGUCUUCAAAUAUUAAGUCACGCGAAGUCUGACAGGAAAUUGUAUCUCUGCUUUUUACUGCUGUUUUGGCAGAGGAUCAUGUCAGAUAGCAGGAUACGUCCUAUAUUUACGAAUGCAUUUUCUAAAUUAGUAAAUCCUGGAAAUUCAGAUCUAUAUUUGAUUUUCGCGUAUUUGUUCCAUACAAGUCAAUUUGAGCAAAUACAAGAAAUUUGUCGUGAAACAUUAACGCUAGAUGUAAUGAUUG